UUGCGUAGAACUGCGCAACCGCCCUCGUCCGCAAUAUAACCGGAUCCCAAACGCCGCUCAGCCUCUCCGGCGUCGUGCGUGUGUCCCCGCCACAAACACAGGAUUUGUAGUGUGGUUGUCAAGUUCUGUAUUACCAGUCAUGGGAAAGGAAAAGCUUCACAUCAACAUUGUGGUCAUUGGCCAUGUCGACUCUGGGAAGUCUACCACCACUGGUCACCUCAUCUACAAGUGCGGUGGUAUUGACAAGAGAACCAUUGAGAAGUUUGAAAAAGAGGCUGCUGAGAUGGGAAAGGGUUCCUUUAAGUAUGCCUGGGUGUUGGAUAAGCUGAAGGCCGAGCGGGAGCGUGGUAUCACUAUUGACAUUUCCCUGUGGAAAUUUGAGACAAGCAAGUACUAUGUUACGAUCAUCGAUGCACCUGGUCAUAGGGACUUCAUCAAAAACAUGAUUACUGGCACUUCCCAGGCAGACUGUGCUGUACUGAUUGUGGCAGCUGGUGUUGGCGAGUUUGAAGCUGGUAUCUCCAAAAAUGGCCAGACCAGAGAACAUGCACUUCUGGCUUACACAUUGGGUGUUAAGCAGCUCAUUGUAGGCGUCAACAAGAUGGACUCCACUGAGCCCAACUACAGCCAAAAGCGCUAUGAGGAAAUUGUGAAGGAAGUCAGCACCUACAUCAAGAAGAUUGGCUACAAUCCAGAAACUGUGGCAUUUGUACCCAUUUCUGGCUGGAAUGGUGAUAAUAUGUUGGAGGCCAGCCCCAAUAUGACCUGGUUCAAGGGCUGGAAAAUUACCCGUAAGGAUGGUAGCGUAUCUGGCACUACUCUUCUGGAAGCUCUGGAUGCCAUCCAGCCACCGACCCGUCCCACUGACAAACCUCUCCGCUUGCCCCUGCAGGAUGUUUACAAGAUUGGAGGUAUUGGAACCGUCCCUGUUGGUCGGGUGGAGACUGGCAUUCUGAAGCCAGGCAUGGUAGUGACCUUUGCCCCUGUUAAUGUGACCACUGAGGUAAAGUCUGUGGAGAUGCACCAUGAGGCCUUGUCUGAAGCCUUGCCUGGCGAUAACGUGGGCUUCAAUGUCAAAAAUGUCUCUGUGAAAGACAUCCGUCGUGGAAACGUUGCUGGGGACAGCAAGAAUGACCCACCCCAAGAGGCAGCCUCCUUCACUGCUCAAGUGAUCAUCCUGAACCAUCCAGGGCAGAUCAGUGCUGGUUAUGCCCCUGUACUGGAUUGCCACACUGCACACAUUGCCUGCAAGUUUGCUGAGCUCAAGGAGAAAAUUGACCGCCGCUCAGGAAAGAAACUUGAGGACAAUCCCAAGAACCUCAAGUCUGGAGAUGCUGCCAUUGUGGACAUGAUACCUGGCAAACCCAUGUGUGUGGAGAGCUUCUCUGAAUACCCUCCUCUUGGGCGCUUUGCUGUGCGUGACAUGCGUCAGACCGUGGCAGUCGGUGUGAUCAAGGGAGUUGAGAAGAAAGCUCCCACUGGAGGGAAGGUCACCAAGUCUGCUCAGAAAGCACAGAAGGCCAAAUGAAUAUUGUGUUUGACUGCCAACUCCAGAGUCAUAUAUGGCAGAACAGAGGUUACCCAACCAAAUCCCAUUGGCUGCUUAAACUCUAUAGUGAGAGACUGGUUAAUUGUUCCAAUGCAUCGUAAAAGUAUCAGGAGGAAAAAAAAAAGCAAAACA